AUGGCAUUACCAAGAGCGCAACCCGCAGAAGUUCUUCGAUCAUGGCAAAAAGAUGAUCUUUACGAAAAACAACUUGCCGAAUCUUUAUCAAGAUUGAUGUCAGCAAGAAAUGUAUCUAAGGCGAUACCACUGUCUUCCUUAAUAUAUAGAUCACUGACUACACUACAGGACCUUCAAACUCUUGGAGAGGAAUACUCGGGUAUCGUGCAAGUUGAUGAAACUUAUAAUAAGUUACCAUCACAUUGGAGUCGACUACUAAGCAUUUUACUGUCAAUAUUUGGCGAAAAUAUCACUAGAGUGAUCCUCCAAAGCGCAGAAAAGCGUGUUCAACAAGAUCCGUCACUAACAGUAGAAGCACAGAACGUAUUUUUGAUUACAUUCAAAACUUUGAGCAGUAUAUUACCUCAGAUUCAGAAUAUUCAUCGCGGGAUUGCGUAUAUCAGUGGUGGGCCUUUACAGAUAGGAAAGACUGUGACUGGCAUAGACUAUGUGCAUGUUAGACCUGCUGCGGCUGCUUACUAUGCUCAUUUAAGACUCCUUGGUGUCGUAACUCUGUUGCAUGCAUUAGUUUCUUGUGGCCAGAGUUUGUACAGAGCUAAAGCCCAUAUGGAUCAAAUGAGAGAAGUACCAAAUGAAGUAGACAGUAGCAAGUCAUGUGUGGCCUGCUUGGAAGAAAUCAUUCAGCCUUGUGUGUUACCCUGUGGACAUAUAUUUUGUUUACAAUGCUCGUAUGGGGCACUGGAAACCUGUGCAUUAUGCCGCACACCCUUCACUAAAAACUGUGUGGUUCCAUUAAUGAAUUAUUUUCCUGAGAGUUCAUGA